AUGACCGACCAGAUUCCUGCACUCUCUGAGUCUCGUGUCGGCGCGUUGUCCAUUUGGGAUGCAGCCCAUGUGUUCAAAUACGCCACCUCCAGAUUCACUGCGAUCCAUAUCGCCCAGAUGACAAAGCAGAACCCAUCAAGCGCUUACCGGCAUUCAUUUAUUCAACACCUGAUUUGGGAAGUGGAUCGGUUUGUGACGCCGUUUGUCGGCAUGUGCGCAGCUAUGAAUAUCAAUACAAGUAUGCCGACAUAUCUCAGAAAUGUUCUCUGGCUUGCUGCUACCUACCAAACAGAAGGUGAUUGCAUCAAUCUCUUUGAGAACUUCUGGAACUGUCCACAUGACGAUGCUGGCGAUGCAAUAUCUGGCCAUCGCAUUGUUCCAAGAUACCGGCACUGUUGUUGGACAGCCGCAUUCCAUUAUUUGCCUAUGCAAAUGCCUCUGCGGUUCUCGGUAGCCGAGGUGAAGGACCUAACGGCUGAGCACUUCAAACAGCGGCCUGCCUUGGGGUUGAUGAUGCCUGAACCGAUCAUCCACCCGCGCAGUGAGGACCCGCUGCUUCAACAACUUCAAGUGCUCCGGACUGAAGUCACCUGA